CUAAAUGCAGGAAAUGACAGUUGAGUUGAAAACGGGUUGCUAUAGGUGCGAGAUCCCAAAACCGAAAGGUGGAGGGCGAGGGAAUCGAAACCAUCUACUAUUUAUCUUCAUUUUCUUCGUCUUCGUUUCUUCUUUUCCCAUUUUCUAUUUUCCAUUCCUUUCUCCCUCACUGAAAUCUCGCCCAACCGAAUCGAUCCUUCUACUUUCUUCGCGUUUCCAAUAAAGAAAAAUUCAUUCCGUUACUGAUUGAUGUGGUAGUUGCAAUUGCACUGUGUGAGCGUCCCUCUGCCGAAUCGGAAGAUGGGAUUAGUGUUUACAAAAUUGUUUUCCUCUCUCUUCGGUAACAAGGAAGCUCGAAUCCUCGUUCUCGGCCUCGACAAUGCCGGGAAAACCACCAUCCUUUAUCGGCUUCAGAUGGGCGAAGUUGUCUCCACCAUUCCAACUAUUGGGUUUAAUGUCGAAACUGUGCAGUAUAACAACAUCAAAUUUCAAGUUUGGGAUUUAGGUGGGCAAACAAGUAUCAGGCCAUAUUGGAGGUGCUACUUUCCAAAUACUCAGGCAAUAAUAUAUGUUGUUGAUUCAAGUGACGUUGAUAGGCUUGUGAUUGCUAAGGAGGAAUUCCAUGCAAUUCUGGAGGAGGAAGAACUAAAAGGUGCUGUUGUUCUCCUUUUUGCAAACAAACAGGACCUUCCUGGUGCACUUGAUGAUGCUGCAGUGACGGAGGCUCUAGAGCUACACAAGAUAAAAAAUCGCCAAUGGUCUAUUUUCAAAACUUCUGCAAUAAAAGGAGAAGGACUUUUUGAGGGCCUGGACUGGUUGAGCAACACACUCAAAUCUGGGGGUGGCUAAAGUUGUCCAGCUUCAGUGAAAUGAUUGAAUUCAGAAGAAAGGUUGACAGGCGUAUUUUUGGUAUCUCUUUCACUGUGAAUCAUGUUAUAAUAAUAGAUUAAAGCUCGCACACAUGCGUUUGAUUCCGUUUUCUAUUUACAGUUAAAGGUGUGAAUGAUGGUCAUCGGUUGUAUUUUCGAUGUUUUUUUUUUUUUUUUCAUUUUAUUUUUAAGCCAGUGUCUUGGUUCCCGUAAUAGCAGUAGCUGAAUGGUUUCUAAGGAAAAUUUUCUCGUCUAAUGUUGUGUAAUCGAGCUACAUGGGUUUACACUUAAUGUGGUUGACGUAAAGAUGAUUCCAUGAGGUAGUUUUGUCAAUGAUACCGGCUGAUGAUGACAAACCUUCAAAGCUCUCUGGUGGCGAUGAGGACCGAAAAGCUAUUGUUGACAAGGUGAAUCAUGGUAGCAAAUUUUUACUUAGUGUAAAAUGUUUUAGGAUGAUAUGACAAUUUUCUUUGGAUUUUGGAUUUAAUAUUCCUGUUAUCUAAAAGUAACCUUUGGUUCGAACUAUAAGUCGGAUUGGAUACCUAAUUUGGGGCAAAAGUUUCUUAA